UAGGGAUCUUUUACACUUCUUUGAACAUCUCUUUUGCUUAUAGAUAGUCUCUCUUGGAGAAUCCCGGUCAGAUCGGGCAGCAUCUCGGGUUCUUGCCUUCUUCUCCAUAUAUUGCGUCUGGAGUAUGCGGGCAACGGGCAGGGUGAAAUAGUUAGGAGCUUUCAUGCACGGACGACCCUCUGCUUCAGCUUCUCCUAUUUCUCCCUCCCCUGUUUCCGGGUUCGGGAUUUCAGGACAAGUGGGCGGGUGGUUGGGUGUUGGGUUGUACCCAAAUCAACCCUGUUUUGGUGAUUGUGUGAGGAGUGGACGGGGAGGAGAAGCUGGUGAAUUGAUGGGGCGUGUGGUUGAUUCUGAAAUGGGUUGUCGUAGUGGAGAUGGAGGAGGUUCUUCAUGGGGAAUUCGAUGUGUUUUGAGGAGAAAGCAGGUUGAUUCGGUUCAUGUGAGGACAGAGGGUCAACAGUUGGCUAAGGAAUUAACUAUUCUUCAGCUUAUUGUAAUUGGUGUUGGAUCAACGGUUGGUGCUGGAGUGUAUGUUCUCGUUGGAACAGUUGCUAGAGAGCAAACAGGACCUUCCCUUACUAUUUCCUUUCUAAUAGGUGGAAAAGCAGCUGCUCUUUCAGCUUUUUGCUAUGCAGAACUUGCAAGUCGUUGUCCAUCAGCUGGAAGUGCCUAUCAUUAUUCAUACAUAUGUAUUGGGGAAGGUGUUGCUUGGUUGAUUGGUUGGGCUCUCAUACUGGAAUACACUAUAAGUGGCUCAGCUGUUGCUCGAGGCAUAUCUCCAAAUCUGGCAUUGUUUUUUGGAGGGGAGGAUCAUCUUCCAGCUUAUUUAGCUCGUGUAUACAUUUCUAGGCUUGAUUUAGUGGUUGAUCCAUGUGCUGCAGUAUUAAUUCUUAUAGUUACUGGGCUCUUAUGUGUAGGAAUCAAGGAGAGUAUACUUGUUCAAUCCAUUGCUACAUUAGCAAAUGUCUGUGUCAUGGUUUUUGUCAUAAUAGUUGGUGGAUAUCUGGGUUUCAAGACCGGAUGGCCUGGAUAUAAACUUCCUAGCGGCUAUUUUCCUUUUGGAGUCAAGGGGAUGCUUGCUGGGUCUGCAACGGUCUUCUUUGCAUAUAUUGGGUUUGAUACAGUUGCCAGCACAGCUGAGGAGGUAUUUGAAUCAACCUGGAUACAACAGCAGAUGGAGACUGAUGGACACUUAUAGAUGUCUUCUAUAUGACCUUUUUUAGUUUUUUACCGUUAUGUGGAUGUUCAUUGGUUAAAUGUCUUUUCUCUUCACAAUGAAAGAAUUUACAAGACAUUUUACUUCCUUUCUUGA